GGAGCGAGGAGAGGAGGAGAGAGAGGAGGAGGAGGAGGAGAAAGGCGAAGAAAAACAGACGGAGCCCGGGAGACGAGAAAGCAAGGGAGGAAGAAAGAGGCAGAAAGGGCGUGUUUAGGCGCUCAGUCUCCCCUCCCCUUUCUCAGGUCCCAGCUCGGGCUCUGCGGCGCGCUCGCUCUCGGGCUACAGCUCCCCGCGGGCGAAGCUGGGCGUCGGGUGCGAUAGCCCGGGCCGCCCCUCGGGCCGCCGCCCCGCGCCUACCCGCGCCACCGCGCGGCGCCCUCCAGUCCCCUCCCCCUCCGCCUCGCGCCCUCCCCGGGGCUGCGACACCCCCGCGGCCCCGCCGCGCCGAGCUCCAGGCCAUGGGCUCGGGGCGCGUCCCCGGGCUCUGCCUGCUCGUCCUGCUGGUCCACGCGCGCGCCGCCCAGCAUGGCAAAGCUGCGCAAGAUGUAGAUGAGUGUGUGGAAGGCACGGACCAUUGCCACAUCGAUGCCAUCUGCCAGAACACCCCACGGUCAUACAAGUGCAUCUGCAAGUCUGGCUACACGGGGGACGGCAAGCACUGCAAAGACGUGGAUGAAUGUGAACGGGAGGACAACGCAGGCUGCGUGCACGACUGUGUCAACAUCCCUGGCAAUUACCGGUGUACCUGCUAUGACGGAUUCCACCUGGCACACGACGGACACAACUGUCUGGACGUAGAUGAGUGUGCAGAGGGCAACGGUGGCUGCCAGCAGAGUUGUGUCAACAUGAUGGGCAGCUACGAGUGCCACUGCCGAGAAGGCUUUUUCCUCAGCGACAACCAGCACACCUGUAUCCAGCGGCCAGAAGAAGGAAUGAAUUGCAUGAACAAAAACCAUGGCUGUGCCCACAUUUGCCGGGAGACACCGAAGGGGGGCAUCGCCUGUGAGUGCCGCCCUGGCUUCGAGCUCACCAAGAACCAACGGGACUGUAAAUUGACCUGCAACUAUGGUAAUGGCGGCUGCCAGCACACGUGUGAUGACACGGAGCGGGGUCCUCGGUGCGGCUGCCACGUCAAGUUUGUGCUCCACACCGACGGAAAGACAUGCAUUGGGGAAAGGCGGCCAGAGCAGCUCGGGCCCACUCAGGCCGUUUCUAAUGAGACCUGUGCUGUCAACAACGGAGGCUGCGAUAGUAAGUGCCAUGAUGCAGCGACUGGCGUCCACUGCAGCUGCCCUGUGGGUUUCAUGCUGCAGCCAGACAGAAAGACCUGCAAAGACAUAGACGAGUGUCGCUUAAACAACGGGGGCUGUGACCAUAUCUGCCGCAACACAGUGGGCAGCUUCGAAUGCAGCUGCAAAAAGGGCUACAAGCUUCUCAUUAACGAAAGGAGCUGCCAGGACAUAGAUGAGUGCUCCUUCGACCGAACCUGUGACCACAUGUGUGUCAACACCCCGGGAAGCUUCCAGUGUCUCUGUCAUCGAGGCUACCUUCUGUAUGGUGUCACCCAUUGCGGGGAUGUGGACGAAUGUAGCAUCAAUAAGGGAGGCUGCCGCUUUGGCUGCAUCAACACCCCAGGCAGCUAUCAGUGUACCUGCCCAGUGGGCCAGGGCCGCCUUCACUGGAACGGAAAGGAUUGCACAGAGCCAGUGAAGUGUCAGAGUGGUCCCGGAGUCUCAAAAGCCAUGCUCAGCUGCAAUCGCUCAGGCAAGAAGGAUACGUGUGCCCUGACCUGCCCCUCCCGGGCCCGGUUCUUGCCAGAGUCGGAGAACGGUUUCACAGUGAGCUGUGGUACCCCGAGCCCUAAAGCUGCUCCAGCCCGAGGCGUCCACCCUGGGAACAGCACCCUGUCCAGCUCCUGCCAUGAGGCUGCAGUGCUGCCAGUCAAGCAGAGGGCCUCCUUCAAGAUCAAGGACGCCAAAUGCCGCCUGCAUCUGAGAAACAAAGGCAAAGCGGAGGAUGCCGGCAGGAUUCCCGGGCCAGGUGGCGUCCCCUGCUCUGACUGCCAGGUCACCUUCAUCCACCUUAAGUGUGACUCUUCGCGGAGAGGCAAGGGCAGGAGGGCCCGGACCCCGCCGGGAAAGGAGGCUACGAGGCUCACUCUGGAAGUAGAAGCUGAGGUCAGAGCAGAAGAAACAACAGCUGGCUGUGGGCUGCCUUGCCUCCGGCAGCGGAUGGAACGAAGGCUGAAAGGGUCCCUGAAGAUGCUCAGAAAGUCCAUCAACCAGGACCGGUUCCUGCUGCGUCUGGCAGGACUUGACUAUGAGCUAGCCCACAAGCCAGGCCCGGGAGCUGGGGACCGAGCAGAGCUGGUGGAGGUCUGCCGACCCGGGCAGCACCGAGCAGGCACCAAGUGUGUCAGCUGCCCGCAGGGAACGUAUUACCACGGCCAGACGGAGCAGUGUGUGCCAUGCCCAGCGGGCACCUUCCAGGAGAGGGAAGGGCAGCUCUCCUGCGACCUUUGCCCUGGGAGUGAUGCCCACGGGCCUCUUGGAGCCAUCAACAUCACCACAUGUGCAGGUCAGUGCCCACCUGGUCACCAUUCAGGAGAUGGGUUUAAGCCCUGCCAGCCAUGCCCACGCGGCACCUAUCAGCCUGAAGCAGGACGAACCCUGUGCUUCCCCUGUGGCGGAGGCCUCACUACCAAGCACGAGGGGGCAGUCUCCUUCCAGGACUGUGACACCAAAGUCCAGUGCUCCCCGGGCCACUACUACAACACCAGCAUCCACCGCUGCAUCCGCUGCGCCGUGGGCUCCUACCAGCCAGACUUCCGUCAGAACUUCUGCACCCGCUGCCCAGGGAAUACAAGCACUGACUUCGAUGGCUCCACCAGCGUGGCCCAGUGCAAGAAUCGGCAGUGUGGCGGGGAGCUAGGUGAGUUCACUGGCUACAUCGAGUCCCCCAACUACCCGGGCAACUACCCAGCCAGUGUGGAGUGCAUCUGGAAUAUCAACCCCCCGCCCAAGCGCAAGAUCCUCAUCGUGGUCCCCGAGAUCUUCCUGCCAUCCGAGGACGAGUGUGGGGACGUCCUGGUCAUGAGAAAGAACUCCUCCCCAUCCUCCAUCACCACUUAUGAGACCUGUCAGACCUACGAGCGGCCCAUUGCCUUCACCGCCCGUUCCAGGAAACUCUGGAUCAACUUCAAGACCAGUGAGGCCAACAGCGCUCGCGGCUUCCAGAUUCCCUACGUGACCUACGAUGAGGACUAUGAGCAGCUGGUGGAAGACAUAGUGAGGGACGGACGGCUGUAUGCCUCGGAAAACCAUCAGGAGAUCCUAAAGGACAAGAAGCUUAUCAAGGCCUUCUUUGAGGUCCUGGCCCACCCUCAAAACUACUUCAAGUACACUGAGAAACACAAGGAGAUGCUGCCAAAAUCCUUCAUCAAGCUACUGCGCUCCAAAGUCUCCAGCUUCCUGAGGCCUUACAAAUAGUGCCUGUGGGCCCCGAGACCCAGGUUUCAGAGCUCCCGCCUCCCUGGCCCUCAGAGCUGGCACCCCAACCUCAGACAAGAAACUGUCCUCUCCUCUUGGAGGAGAGAUAUCAACACACCAGGCGCUCUCCCCUUCUGCCUUUCUAGUCACCUUCUCUUCUUCCUCUCUCUCUCCUGGAAAAUCAUUCAGUGCCAUCUCUGUUCCCCUCAGAGGCAAGGGAAUAGACACCCUCUAUUCUUCUACCAUCACAGCACGGUGCCUUGCCAGCCAGGAGCCAAAACACUCCCCCCCCUGCAGCCCCCAUGCUCCCCAGAGUGACUCUUCACAGUCCAGAGUCCUACCAAAGAAGCCUUUGACACAGCAGCUUUAUGCCAGCGCCAGGCUGCUGGGGCACACAGUUUGAGCCCUGGGGUGCCCACACAGUUGGGCACAGUUCUGUAGAGCUUGCUCUCGUCUGCCUGGGGCUGACUCCAUAGGGUUUACAAGUGUUCCAUACCACUGGGCUCGCAAACCCCUGCUGGGUGGGCGGGGCACCCGGACAUACAAAGCUCUCGGAUAGCUCUGCAGGACAGAAAGCAGGUUUCUAAAACAUUGCCCAAAACAGAAAGAAAAGAAAAUGUGUUACAAACUCCUGCAGAACAAGUGUAAGCCAGCCUCAAGCACUAACCCUUUUCUUGCCGGUUCCCCCCCACCCCCGCCCCGUGCCCAGCCAUGCCCUCACCCUACAUAAGGGCUCCCUGGGGGAGUCCCCCCCCCACUAAGUGCUAUCCUUAAAGAAGCCUGGCUGUUGAUCCUCCCAGCCUAGACCUUGCUCCACAGUUGCUUAUCCCUUGUAGUCCCAGGUGGCCUGUGGGCUCCCCCAAAAGAGGACCCCACUCUGCAACCCAGCCUGGAGCUGCCUACCUCUAGCCUCAGGCUGUGGGAAGCAGGAGGAGCGCCUGUGUGAGUGAGUGCCCUUGGCAAGCCGCCUGCCCACCCUCUCCACAUCUGAGAAGUGCAAUCAUUUUGAGUUUUUCUAUGUCGUCUAGAGGGAGGGGGGUUGUUUUUUUGUUUGUUUCCUUUUCCUCUCAGAAUAACCCUAUUUAUAGCUGUCCAGGAGAAGGGGGGUGUGCUGGGGAGGAACAGCAGUUUGUCUGUCCGGAGCCUUAAGCGCUGGAGCUGUCUCAUCUCAGUCCUCACUGUGGCCACGCAGAACUUCAGAGCCCUCAGUGGCGGCACCGAGCUAGGGCAAUCCCUCAGAGACGCCCAAAGCAUAGGAGACUAGCUCUGGUAGCUGGAUGGGACUGGAUGGGGCAGGAGGCGGAGGCCUCCUGACUGAGCCGAUCAUGCCGGCCUUGUGUGGCUCACGCUGUGGAUCCACAGUUACAGAUGAAGAUGGACUUGGUCUGGAAUCUUGUGCGGGUAAGGGCAGCCUCUGUCUUUCACUGCCUUCAUGCUCUCCCGACACAGCACGGAAGGGGAUCAACUCUAGAGAUGGCCAGCGCAGGCUCCCAAGACAACCCAAGACAGGGCUGGAGCAGCCUGGAAUCGGACAGUUAUCCACGUAGGAGGCUGGGGAAGGACAAGAACCAGACAUGUGCCUGAGACUGCCCACCUGCCUCUUGGAGCUGACUUCGAGCCUGUUCUGACUACUAUUUUUCAAAAGGAAGCCCCGGCUCUGUGUGUCUCCAACUGCCCCUUCUCAUUCCACCGAGGCCUUAGUCCUGGACAGCCACCGACUGUCAGCCGCUCCUCAGAUCCAACUCUAGGUAACUGGCAAGAGAUGCUACGACCAAACAGUGUGAUCUGUACACACACCAGCCAACAGCAGAUGAAGCUAGCUUCCUGGGGGUGUUAGCCAACACGGGGUGGGGGGUGGGGGUCAGAGAGCCACUGCAAAGCUGUUGAAUGGGCUAAGUGGGCAUUUAGUGGGGCAUGCCACUGCUUCCCCAGAAGCGCCACAGAACAGCCUGAAUCAACUCUGACCAUCCUACUAGAAGCACGGAUAACUCUGCAAGUCCUCUCUCCCUGCCAUUUUGCCAGCUCCUGGAAAGCCACACAGUGAGAAUGCCUCCCAAUGUAUGUCUCUAGGGUAUGGCUUCUCCGACUCCCCUUCCCCGUCUCACCACACUUCCCCUAACCAUUUAUUCUAUGGCUGAUGGGACAGCACGUGAGAUCGAUCAUAUGGAGAGAGCAGGCCGCUAGGCUUAGCUGAUAAUCAAGAUGGAUGGAGAUCAAGCAAGGACUUUGCUACUGUCAACCAAGUUGGCAGCGAGGAAUCCAGGCAGAGCUGUUACUGAACUUACAGGGGAUACUGGCCCUGAGGCGCCUCACUCUGGGGGCUGAGUGGAUUGAAGGAGGAGUUAAGAACUCAGGGACUUUCUAGGACUGCACAGGUUCCAGGAGGAAAUGGGGGGGAUGGGAAGAGGAAGUGGGUGGGAUGAGAAGAUGGUGUGAACAGGAACCCUCAUGAACUGACCCAGAAGCUUCUCUGUGGGCGACAGUGUUUUCGAGGUCACGUGACUGUGGCACCUCAUCCAUCUUAGCGCCAAGACCUGCCCUGCACUGAGUCCCAACGUGGGAAGCCACUUUGUGCUAGUGCUCCCAGCAGGAGACUCCUGUCAUCAGGCACUUAGACCCUGGCAGCACCUCGAUGCCUCUUUAGCCUCUGCCUCUAUUUGUGUCGUCAGCCCAGCCCAUCCCCAAGCCUGAGGUAAUCAGGGGAAAACCGACCUGAGCCUGGACGUUAGCUGCCCACCCUAUGCCUUCCGUGAUCCUUCAAGGACUGCCAACGGCCUCGCAACGCUUAUUUCCCUGGGAUGUGGCGGCGAGAGAGACAGGUUUAUUGCUUCAAGUGCAGCGGUAUGGUCUGGGCUCUGGCUCCUAGGAGUCUGUGUGAAUCUGCGAAGUGUCCUCCAUGUGAGUGUCUGAGGGGACUCUUAAAUGGAUUAGGAAGUCGGUUCUCAGUAAGGGAAAGCUAUCUCCCACUUAAGGGUCUGUAUUUGCUGCUGAGCUUCUAAGCAAGGGAGCAGAGGCCAAAGGUAACUGACCCCAGGCAGAACAUGGAACCCCGCCUGGUUCCUUCCCUCAGCAGACACCACAAUGGAAACCUUGACAUCGGACCUGUCUCAACGCUGGCGCUCUGCCUUUCUGCCAUUAUUCGGACUAGGAAUCCUUUGACAACCACGAGGACUCGAAGCUCCCUGUCUGCGAUCAGCUUAACAAGACACAACCACGGUACCGGUUUGGACAAGCUCAAAACGUUGUUCUGUGUGAGUCGAACUUUCAGAGAAUGAUUAUCACGUGGACGGCGGCUUUUCUUUUUUUUUUUUUUUAAUGCAGAAGAAAAUCUUAAAAUACUGUAUUUAUGUCUGCCUCCCACUGCCUUCCACACAGCAAGCAUCUCAGUCGACAAUAGGCAGCAGAAAUGUGGUACACAGAAUAUUUUGCACUUGGGGGAAAAAAUAUGUAUCUGAACUUGUAAAAAGGAAUGUUUGGAUUUUGUAUUGUCUUUUUUAUAUUAUUAAAAUACUAAAUGAAAUUUCGAGGUCAA